AACACACAACACACAAAACACAAAACACAACUCCAUUGCCAGUCGAGGUUACCAGUGGCGCUAAGGUGACUUCCAAACAGCCCUCAGAAAUAAUAGAAAAUCAGAAAGAAAAAUCAGCUUUCUACAUGGAAUAGACGAUGGCACUAUGUUUGAAGUUUUAAGCAACUUUUUCUGAAGUCCCAAAAUGAAGCUGGAUAUUUAGUUGCUGGGUUAAUCCUAGUUUCGUUGUAACCCGCCGUCUGCCGAUACCAACCACCAACCCAUCAUGUCCAUUCAGAGAUUCUUCCAGCACCGCCGUUACUCUCGUAAUUCGCCAGGAAUCUACUUUCUCCACAAUUUCACUUCUUCAGAUUCUCACAAUAAACCCUCAAACCCUUCCGAUCACUACCGCCACCACAACCAUGGGAACAGCCGGUAUGUCCACAUUUUGAACUCGUUUUUACCAUCAAAGCCACAAUGUGUUAUCCCGCACAGUGUUUCCUUCUGCCAUUCCUUCUCCACUCGCGACUCGCGAAUUGGUGACAUCAGUGACUCGGCGGUUACUCAGUAUGAGAACACGGAGUUGUUUAUCAGCGAAAAUAUUACUGACAUCAGUGACUCGGCGGUUACUCAGUAUGAGAACACGGAGUUGUUUAUCAGCGAAAAUAUUACUGAAAGUGUUGAGGAGUCCAUUCUUCCAGUACGCGCCUUGAUUUCGUUGUUGGAUGGUUAUCAUGACCUCACUGGCUUCCCUUGGUGGAUCAUUAUAGCUUCUUCAGCAGUGGCAAUGAGGCUUACGUUAUUCCCGUUUGUAAUAUUGCAACUCCACAAGUUGAAGAGAAUUUUAGAGUUACUUCCUAAAUUGCCUCCUCCAUUGCCUCCGCCUAUGUCAAGAAGGAGUUUUAGGGACCAACUUAAAAUAUUUUUCAAGGAGAAACGAGCGGCAGGCUGUCCUUCAUUUUUCUGGUACUUCGCCACUCUGACAGUUCAGGUGCCCUGCUUUUUUCUUUGGAUUACAACUAUUACAAGAAUGUCACUGUAUCAUCAUGAAGGCUUUGAUUGUGGGGGAAUUCUUUGGUUCCAGAACUUGACCGAGUUCCCUAGUGGUGUUUUAGGGCCAGUCUUUCCUUUACUGAUUGCGGGAUUGCAUUAUAUCAACAUACAGGUAUCCUUUCAGAAAUCUUCAGUUGAAAAAAUGAGUGGACCCGUGGGAUUAAUAGCCAAGUACUACCAGAAGUACUUGGGAGUCCUGACGUUAGUGAUUUUAUUUAUUACGUUCAAUAUGCCCCAGGGGAGUUUAGUGUUUUGGCUUACCAAUAGUUCGAUGACUGUUAUUCAGCAACUAUCUCUAAAGCAUCCAGAUGUUCGCAAGAAACUGGGGCUACAUCAGAAGGAUCCUCAAUUAGAAGGUGCACAUCCGAAAGAGUUGGUUAAUCCUGGAGAAAUCAAAAUAGAUCCAUCAAAAAAUCAGAGCAAAAUAUCUGUCCAGAACCUAUCACCUCAAGAAUUGGUUAAUCUUUCGAUCAAACACUUAGCAGGAGGACGUAAAGAUGAAGCUAUGUCCUUUCUACGACUUGCUAUUGCCAAGGAUCCCAAGAAUGUUCGAGCUUUGCUUAUUAUUGGCCAGACACUGUUGCAAGAUGGUUCCUUACCAGAAGCUACUGAAUACUUGGAACGUACUAUUGCUAAGCUUCUGCUAAAGGAGAAUCAAAAGGAAAUUGAGGAUGUUGAUCUGCUGAUUCUAUCAUCUCAAUGGGCAGGUGUUGCCUGUAUACGGCAGGGUAAGAUGGGAGAGGGACUUGCACACCUGGAACGCAUAGCCACGUUGAAAGAGCCAGAUGACCCAAAGAGCAAGGCCCAUUACUAUGACGGAUUAGUACUACUGUCAAGUACAUUGAUCAAUGCUGGCCACAAGAAGGAUGCGAUUAAUUAUCUGCAAAUGGCUACUGCUUAUGACGAGUCUUACAGAGAAUUUCUGCAACAAUGUGAAAAUGAAGAGGAUGUUAUCAGUAACGACCUUGUCACUAGGAGGAGAAGAGAUUACUGAGUUCAGUAAAACUCUAA